ACCAACAUAGCCCACUGCUGCUCCCCAGCCCCCCGCCGCUCUUUUGCAUCACCACCCCCACCCGCACGCUAAUUUAAUGUCUCCACGACUCGCUCCUGCACCCGAUCCAUCUCUUACAUAUACCUGCGCGACGCCCUACUACUAGAGGAGGGCCAUGUCCUCCUCAGACAACCCCGGGGUCCAGCUGCCGUCGUCGUCCAGGCCCUCGCCGUCGCCGCGCUCGCCGCAGGGCCGACGACGGCCGUUGCAGGAGCGAACCACUCCGCAACCUACGAUCCGCAUUGUCGGGGACUCAGAUCCCAAGACGGCCUACGACAAGUCGCCCUUCCCGUCUCAGCCCUCGCACAUACUGUCGCCGUCGCGUUAUGGCCAGGGUUCGCAUACCAACGACCAGGGCCAUGACGUUUCAGCCAGCGACUCUCCCGCCAAUCGCCCGCGUGCCGUCUCGCAGCGCGUGGCUUCCAUGGUGGCCAACUUCGAGGCCCUCACUCCGAAAGCCCUCGAGCCCCGCUCAAGCAACCGCAAUUCGUCAUCCACCAAGAACUCCAGGAAUUCCGCUGCCAGCACACUCACUCUUGGCGCUCCAUUCACACCCGCCUCCAGCCGCUUCUCCCAAGGCACCACCCCGCCCACUUCCCCGCUCUCGAACUUGAGGCAAAGCAAGCACGACAGCUUGGCCAGCACCAACAUACUUAGCGCCUUUGAAGACGACGAGGACGACCAAGCCACCACUCCCACUGCUCCCACUGCGCCCGCCGGUCUCGGUUCGCCUGCUCCCAUCGCUCCCGUCGCUCCCGCCGCAGCCACCAUCCGCCCCGUUAUUCCCUCAGGAUCCUAUCCGGAUCCCACAAAGUUCUCGCAAGAUCCUGAGCCCGAAAACGAGUUCGCACGGCCCGUGUACCCGUCUGCGUCUACAGCGCUGACCGAGUCGAUACGCCGGCCUUCGGAAGCGUCGACUGCAGACUGCAACAGGACAUACAGGACUUCGGAUACUCCCACUCCUCCUUCGUCCGCAGCGGAUGGCAGUUGGCUGUCGAGAGCCUGGGAGUCUCUCUCAAUUGCGUCCGACGACACCGCGAUCUACCGCAAGCCAGCGGGCCACCGUGACUUUUCCGGAUCGACGGUCGAACGUCGUCCGCCUGAAUCCGAGCCUCAUACGUCAUCAUCUAGUUCGCCUGGCGCGCUCAGUGAGUUUAGUGUUCCUAACUCGCAAAAGACCACGGUCCACCACCCUCGUUCCCGAUCCGAUCAUCUUGGCUCUACGAGGGUAUCGAACGAGUCUCUGUACUCUCCCCCGAGCACUAGGGGAAGCAACACCCACUCGCGGUCCUCUUCCUCGCCCGCUCCUAACUGGAGCUUGCACCCCGCGCUGGAGGUGGACGAGAACGGUUCGCCUGAUUCCUCCGUCGUCCCGCGCCCGUCCUUAAACAGCCCUUGGGGUGAAUCGCGGCCUCUUCCGAAGAACAAGACCCGUAUGCAGGGGCGAAGUGACAAUUGGAGCUCGAACCUCUCGACGAUUGACUCGGCAUCGGAACCGCGGACCUCGCAGUCGCUGUCGAGCACUCUGACGCUAGGCCUCGGCGGUCAUCGCAAGAGGCAGAGCCUCGGAAGCAUUGACUAUCUGACAAGCGGUGCCGAGCCUACCCCGUCGCCGGGAGAUCACGCCAACCCCGCCGCUCCUCGCUUGAUCAUUCCUUCGGAAACGCAAACUCGGAGAGACAAAGAACAACAUGGCGAGGGAGACGAUACGCUUGGAGAGCUCAAUGCUCUCCCGCUCCGCUCUCAACGUUCCGGGUUGCUCCGCACACUCUCUCUGGAUUCCUCGCGUCCCAGUUCCUCUCAUUCGGCCCGCAGCUCGUACACGACCCACUUCCUUGACACCGUCCCAGCAUGGGCGAGGUAUGCAUCAUCGAUCCUGUAAUCUGACCACCAACUGACAAAACGCAGGGAGUACUACCGUAAUGGCCUGGGCGAACGCUCAUCUUUCUUCGCCCCCUCUUCUUCUAGCGGGGCCUCGACUCCCCACCUUUCGCGUGCGA